AGUCCAAGGAGAUGCACACCUUCGUUUCUUAUCCUCUGGAGUACCAAUUCGUAAUAUAUACACAUAAUGCCGGACAAUAAAAUUCCCGAUUGGAUUACUGCCGAGCUUUUCGAAGAUUUGCUCAAAGCAAAUAUAGAAGGCUAUUCGAAGGUGAAGAACUUCAAGGCGGAAAUCGGAUCCGCGGCGGGAGAGAACUAUGCCACCAUCAUGUUGCGGAUUCACGUCGAAGUGGAGUUGAAGGAUGGAAAAUUCAAGAAGCUAUCCUUUAUGAUGAAGCUGCCGCACCAACUGGAGAUCCUGCAGGAGAUGACAAAGAAGAACAGCAUGUUCGACAUGGAGCGAAGCAUGUACACUCAAUAUGUGCCCGAAAUGGAGGCUCUUUACAAGGCCGCAGGCCUGGAGAUUACUUUCGGUGCCAAGAGUUACGACCUCAAGGACGCCAAGAGCGAAUAUGUGGUCCUGGAGGAUCUGGGCAUGAGGGGAUUCAAGAAUGCCAACCGACUCGAAGGUCUGGAUCAAACUCACACAGAGAGGGUGCUUCUCAAGCUGGCCCAGUGGCAUGCAGCCAGCGCUGCGAGAGUGGCCACCAAGGGUCCAUAUCCGCAAGAUCUGAUCAUUGGCUUCUUCAAGGACGAUAACCGCCAAAUGAUGACCGAAAUGACAAAAUCCCUGGGUGAGAAAUUCCUCAAAUGUUGUGCCACCUACGAAGGCAACGAGGCGUACAUCGAGAAAGUCAAAGAGCUACAGCCUGUGAUUUUGGACAAAAUGUUCGAAAUGGCCAAGGUCGAUCCAACGGAGUUCAAUGUGUUGAACCAUGGUGAUUCCUGGGCAAAUAACAUCAUGUUCCAGUACGAUGCCUUCGGCAAGAUCAAGGAGGUGUACAUGGUCGACUACCAGCUUCCCAAGUACGGAACUGUCGCGCAAGACCUUCAGUACUUCCUGCUCUCAUCUACCAAAUUUGAGGAUAAGCUGUCCAAGUUCGAAUAUUACAUAAAGACGUACCACAGCUAUCUGGUGGAGCACCUGAAGAUUCUUAAGUACUCUAAGCCCAUCCCCAGCCUGCGAGACAUCCACUUGUCGCUCCUCAAACACGGAUCUUUCGGCUUUUCUGUAGCCACAGGUGUGAUGGCCGGCGUUCUGCUGGAUCCCACGGAAAAGGCCAGUUUCGAGAACUUUGUGGGCGACACCCAAGACGGAAUAGAUUUCCAGAUGCAGCUGUACAGUGGUCCCCGGUACCGGAAACACAUCGAGGCGGUCAUGCCAUGGCUGCUCAAUCGUGGUGCCCUGGAGUCUAAUUAGUAUUUUUAACAGCAGUUUUCCCAACAAACAAUUUCCUAGUUUGACCAAUAAGAGCUCAUCAACUGAGUCAUAACCUAAGGUGGCGAUAAGGUUAUCUAUAUCUGAUUGAAAGUAUUAAUAAAACGGUACAACGCCGAUCGAUAGAUCAAUGUUUGCAAAACA